CGGUUUCUUUCCUGCCCACAGGUCUGCAGCGGCGGGAUGGAGAGGAUGCUGUUAUAAUUCAGCGUCAGAUCAAGUUUGAUCAACGUCCCCCUGCUGGCCCAAUUGGAUGAUCCUUAUUCACAAUAAGAUCCGCUUUUCGGUCCACCACCAUCUUUGAGAAAAGUCCGUGCUUUUUUCCUCCAACGGCGGAAGAUUCGCUCUGCUGCAGUUAGGCUCGCACCUCUCAAUGUAGGCUACAUCAUAGUGCACUGUGAGAGCUCCUUACACAUCUGGCGGAUUUUCUGUGCGCAUUGGCUUGUUUACAUGGUUUUCCUAUAUCAGAUUCGUUUGAGGAGUUGAAAUCAGAGGUCGAAGAAAAUGGGGCAUCGCGUGUUUGCGACUGUCCUUUUUUUGUUGUGGCUUUUUGGUAAAUCGCAUGGAGCGUUUCCAAACCAGAUAAACAUAGGUGGUCUCUUCAUGCGCUCUACAGUGCAGGAGCACAGCGCCUUUAGAUUCGCUGUCCAGUUGUAUAAUACCAAUCAAAAUGUCACGGAGAAACCUUUCCAUCUCAAUUACAAUGUAGACAACCUCGAAUCCUCCAACAGCUUCUCCGUCACACAUGCCUUCUGCUCCCAGUUCUCCAGAGGAGUGUACGCCAUCUUCGGCUUCUACGACAAGAAGUCCAUGAACACGUUGACCUCGUUCUGUGGGGCUCUGCACACCUCUUUCAUCACACCCAGUUUUCCCACUGAUGCUGACGUGCAGUUUGUCAUCCAGAUGAGGCCUGCUCUACGGGGAGCCGUUCUCAGCCUGCUGGCCCACUACAAGUGGGAGAAGUUUGUCUACCUCUACGACACAGAGAGAGGUUUCUCUAUUCUUCAGGCCAUCAUGGAGUCAGCUGUGGCCAAUAACUGGCAGGUGACAGCCCGGUCAGUGGGCAGCAUAGUGGACCCUACAGAGUACAAACGCAUCAUGGAGGAGAUGGACCGUAGGCAAGAGAAACGAUUCCUUAUAGACUGUGAGGUGGGCAGAAUCAACGCCAUCCUGGAACAGGUGGUGGUCCUUGGGAAGAACAGCAGAGGAUACCACUACAUCCUGGCUAACCUAGUUUCACUUCAGGGCUUUGCUAACAUGAGUCUGGACAAAGUGUUUGCUGGAGGAGCCAACAUAACAGGCUUCCAGAUCAUCAACCCAGAGAACCCUAUAGUUACACAGUUCCUGCAGCGCUGGGAACGCCUAGAUGAGAGGGAGUUUCCUGAGGCCAAGGGCACACCACUGAAGUACACGUCAGCGCUGACCCAUGAUGCCGUGCUGGUCCUGGCAGAGGCCUUCCGUUACCUGCGGAGGCAGAGAGUGGAUGUGUCCCGGAGGGGGAGUGCUGGGGAUUGCCUGGCCAACCCAGCCGUGCCCUGGAGCCAAGGCAUUGACAUAGAGAGAGCCCUCAAAAUGGUCCAGGUGCAGGGUAUGACAGGGAAUAUCCAGUUUGACUCGUUUGGUCGGAGAUCCAAUUACACCAUUGAUGUGUAUGAGAUGAAAGUAGGGGGUCCAAAAAAGACCGGGUACUGGAAUGAAUACGAAAAAUAUGUAUAUAUUGUGGAUGCGCAAGUAACCAACGAGUCCUCUUCUGUGGAAAACCGAACGAUUGUGGUCACUACUAUUAUGGAGUCUCCCUAUGUGAUGUACAAGCGAAACUACUUGUCGCUGGAGGGGAAUGACAGAUAUGAAGGCUACUGUGUCGAUUUAGCUGCUGAAAUUGCAAAACAUGUGGGGAUAAGAUACAAACUGUCAGUAGUUGCAGACGGGAAGUAUGGUGCAAGAGAUCCAGAGACCAAGACGUGGAACGGGAUGGUGGGUGAACUGGUCUAUGGGAGAGCUGAUAUAGCAGUGGCUCCUCUAACUAUAACAUUGGUACGAGAGGAGGUGAUAGACUUUUCUAAGCCUUUUAUGAGCCUGGGGAUCUCCAUUAUGAUAAAGAAGCCUCAAAAGUCAAAACCGGGUGUGUUCUCCUUCCUGGACCCGCUGGCCUAUGAGAUCUGGAUGUGUAUAGUGUUUGCCUAUAUCGGGGUGAGCGUGGUCCUGUUCCUGGUCAGCCGCUUCAGCCCCUAUGAGUGGCAUUUGGAUGAGAACGACGAGGCCAAAGACCCCCAGAGCCCUCCAGACCCGCCAAAUGACUUUGGGAUUUUUAAUAGCCUGUGGUUUUCCCUGGGCGCCUUCAUGCAGCAAGGAUGCGAUAUCUCGCCAAGGUCUCUGUCAGGCAGGAUCGUGGGGGGCGUGUGGUGGUUUUUCACCCUCAUCAUCAUCUCCUCCUACACGGCCAACCUGGCUGCCUUCCUCACCGUGGAGCGGAUGGUGUCUCCCAUAGAGAGUGCUGAGGACCUGGCCAAGCAGACUGAGAUCGCCUACGGGACCCUGGACUCUGGCUCCACCAAGGAGUUCUUCAGGCGCUCCAAAAUAGCAGUUUAUGAAAAAAUGUGGUCUUACAUGAAAUCAGCCGAACCGUCAGUGUUCGCCAAGACCACGCCAGAAGGGGUUGCCCGUGUGCGGAAGUCGAAAGGCAAAUUCGCCUUUCUUCUCGAAUCAACUAUGAACGAGUACAUUGAGCAGCGGAAACCCUGUGACACCAUGAAAGUGGGCGGCAACCUGGACUCUAAGGGAUACGGUGUGGCCACUCCCAAAGGCUCAGCAUUAAGAAAUGCUGUUAACCUGGCAGUGUUAAAACUGAAUGAGCAAGGCCUCUUGGACAAAUUGAAAAACAAAUGGUGGUACGACAAGGGAGAGUGCGGCAGCGGGGGAGGUGACUCCAAGGUCAGCCUCAAUGUCACCUGAUCACCUGGGUACCAUAGAGGAGAGUAAUCGGCAAGGCUGUCACACCACUACUAACCUAGAGCCCCAAGCUCCACCCACUACAGCCCUAGAGAAGGAGGCUGUGGGGCCUUUUCAAUUAUAUUGUGCAACCGAGAUCAUACCGGGAACCCUUUACUGGGCAAAUAGAGAAAGAAAGACCAGUAACGAUUGAUUUAUUUCGGAUAAAAAAAUUAUAUUUUUCUUUGAAACUGCAAGUAGAGAAGAAGAGAACGGUUUAAGCUGAUUAUUAUUCCUAACAGUAGUCAAGUCCAACCGCUGUGGUGAGACCUUUAAGGAGAUGUUCUGCAGCUGGGCGCUUCUGACAUGUUUCUUGAGUUUCUCCAGAGGCUUUUCAGUUUAGUUCUUUGCCCUGUGGUUGUCAAAGGCAGAACGUACAGAACUGCAGAAUGUACAUUUGCUCUGCUUUUUAUGUCCACAGGGCAAACAUUGUAAAAUGAUAAUGCUCUUUUUUGUACUUUUACUUUAACUGAAAGUGGAUGAAUAAUGAGUCCCUGUUGAUGUUGCAUUAAGUAUUGCUAGAGGGAAUAGCAUGGCAAUGGCCUUGUACCGUAGCACUGAGGUGUAUGGUAGCACCCUCCAGACUGCCUCAACCUUGGGUGCCAGGGAAGGCGAGGCGAACAGCGUAGUCUUGAGGGGACUAAGCAUUGCAGGAAAACGUGAGAAUUCUAAUGACAAAGUGACAACAAAUGGUCCAAACCUUUGUCUGAUACCAAUGACAUUACUGUAAACCAGUGUUAGUUUGUCACCCUGACAGAUUCUUUCGGUCGGUCUUAGUCCCCAAGACCAGUCAAAGUCUACCCAAGGCUGGCCCCACCCGAACCAAUGAAACACUACAGGAGGGUGGACAAUAUGACCUGCUCUCGAGUGUCCAGCAACAGCCCGACUGUGGAUCCAUCUCUGUCUCUACUCUUCUGCCUGCUUCAUGGCCACAGUUCACUCAGCACAUUGUGAAAGACUAGGCAGGCUGACUUUGAUGUUGUUGACUGUAGUCAUUCAUUCCUGAACGUAAGCAGGACAUGAAUACUAUCACCAAGGCGACACAAAGCAGCUGCCUCGUCCUGGACGCAAUCUGCCUUGAAUCCUUGGUAGAGAGGGAAGACUCAGCCAUUUUAUGAUAUCGCACCUGCUACAUUUCUUGUUUAUUAUUUUAUUCCUAAAAAUGCAUGUGUUGGUACUUUAACAAUGUGCUUCAAAUAUAUUGUAUGUAAUAACCACUGAUAGAGGAAGACCCAGUCGAUUCUGGACACACGGCAUCUAAAAAUACGAGAAAUACAAUUCAUUCUGACAUUGGCAAUUACACAAAAUAUACCUUAGUGGAAUUGACUUACUACCAAGUGGAAUUGACUCACAAAUCUAAGUAGGCUAUUUGUUUUCCUUGUGUUUAGCACAUAUAUAGUAUGCUUAAUUAGGAAAGUUCAUAGAGCAGGUUAUUACCUUGAAAUUAUUUUUAGAGAUAUUGGAAUGUUUGACAUUUGGGUGGUGACUUGACUUUAUAUAUACCUCCAGGAGAAAAUCAUGUUUUUUUCCCCUUUUCACAUUUUCUCAUUUGUGCAUAUCUUUGUCGUCAUGUUUUGUUUUUAUAUUCUUGAAUAUUUUAAAAGUAUGCUGUUGUGUGAUUUUAUUAGUUUAAUAUUUUUUUAUGUUUUGGCAUAGUUCUAGUUUCUCUGCUCUUGCUUUGUCAUCUCAACCUAAUGCAUUAUAUUCACCCAGUUUUCAUGUGACACAUUGUGGCACCUGAACCGCAGCGCCAAACUAACCCUAUGACCCACACUCCAGAACGUGGUGGCAACAGCGAAGUACUCCGCAGACGCCUGCAGCCGUACACACUGACUAUGAACCCUCAGUGAAGAACUAAACAUGGCCUUUCUCCUCCGCUCCUCGCCGUUGUUUGACUUGAUCAAGACGGGAAGGGCUCCAGCACGUUUUACCCAGCGGCCAGCAGCAGUCACCGGCACAAGGUUACAGCUGAGAGGCAUGCACGGUACAGCACGUACAUCAGCAUGUGUCACAUCAUGUCAGCCACGCUGCUACCGGACGGGCGGGCGGACAGACCUUCUGGGACACGGCGGUUCAGAGAGUGCAGUCGAAGUGGUACAGUCCUCUUUGUAGCUGUGAGCCAGUCACGUCUGUCAUUCGACAAACCUCUCAGUUAAUGCGUUGUUCCUGUUGUGGCUGGCAUCCUGUGUCUGCAGGCCAUCCAAGGACACCGUGGGACAGCUCUGGAUGUGGGUCACGCCAGAGGAAACCAAGCCAUCACCUGUAUAUUAUUUCCUCUCCAUGACUACAUCAUACAUAAGUAAUACUGUUAUGUCAUGGCACUGCUAAAACUGGUAUUACCGACCUCUUUCAGAGUUAUACAAAAUGGCUUGGUAUUAUUCCAGAGUCCAGACCAAAUAGCAGUUCAGUUGCUAGGGAUUUGAUACCAGUACUGGACGGUUGACAGAUAUGACUUACCAUGUCCAUAGUAGCAGACAGUGCUGUCCUAACUGGUGUCUAUAACCUCAUUCUUAUGAAUAUUGUUCCUUUCUGAGGGUAGUUGUCCACACUAUGUGUUGUUAGAGUAUUUAUUGUCUAAAUUGCUGUGACAAUAAGCCAUUUGGUCAGAAAAGUUAUCUCAUAUUCUCUACAUUCCUCCUAAAUAUGAAGUAAUAUGCAUUUAACAGCUCCAUGCUACAGUGGUGAAUACAAUAUAUUUAAUGAAGUUAAAUUACAAAACAUCAUUUUUUUUAAAGAAAAUAAACAGAGAAAUCUAGCAGUCAUGUCGAUAGCAUAAUGUCUUACAAAUAUAAUGCCCUUCUUACGGACUAAUUGGAACCUCUUUGGCUAUUAAAUGUCUCAGUCCAAUCUGUAGAUGCAAAUAUAAGAAGAAAAAUGACAUAACGCUAAUCAUGCAGCCACAGAGCUACACAGAAUCAAUGUUUUAUUGGUAUGAUAUGAAAUCCGAUUGGCUACAAUUCCAGAUUACUUCCAUUUAGAAAAUCUAGUGCUGUCUUGUAGUUCUCAAUGUUAUUAUUUUUUCUUAUGACAGACUAAUCUGAAUGAAUAGGUGGCUUUGUAGAUGCAUGUACAGUGAAGGGCUGUAUUAUGUGAGGCGUUGGCUGCCCUCUGCUAAAACUAAACGCAACUGCUGGUUUCUGUUUGUCUGUUAGUCAAGAAAGGGUUCCUGUUAGAUCCACCAUGCAAAUCACUCCGUUAAACAAUGUAAAUGUGGCCAUGACAAUUGCACUUCUAUUAUAUACAUGUAGAGCUAUAUUACAGUUCAUUCUGCUAGUUCCAAUCUUUUCUAAGUUUUUUUAACAGUGUGUGCCGAUUACUCAAAGCGAUGCAGGUAGGGUCUGGCAUGUUAGGGUUUAGUACUGGUGAAUGAAAGGUAACAAUUCUGCCUGCUCUUUGUGAUGUGUUGGCCAGGACCCUGCUCUAUCGCUUUGUAAAGUAUAAAGUAGUUAAAAGCUUGAAUAACAUAAAAUAACAUAAUAUGAUGUUAUUUAUGUUAUUUCCCACGUGAAGAACUCCUGUAAACCUUGCAGUAUUGAAACUCAGUGAACAAGGCAUCUUAGACAAGCUGAAAAACAAAUGGUGGUACGAUAAGGGUGAAUGUGGAACCAAGGACUCGGGAAGUAAGG